AUGGAUCCGAAGAAACAGAACAAAACCAUCUACUUUCCAGACUUGAAGUCCCAAUCACCAGAAGAGGUUCUCAAUGGAAUUCUCAUUAGGAUGAAGGUGGACCUCUCCAUGCACCAGAUCGGAUAUCGUUUAUCCAAUGAGAAGGAAUCCAUCUUCACUCAGAUCUGCAAUGUGGAUGAUUUCACUUGCACUAUUCAUGCACAGCAUGAUAUUCAAUCUCGUGCAUACAAAUCAAAGAAACUACGAAUUGUUAAUAAGAGACUCUUCUGCCAUGGUUGUGGGCAAUGCUGUUACUGCCAUCCUGAUGCUAAUUUCCACCAUUUGCAUGUCACAAAUGAGGCCCUUUCCCUUUGGGCGAAAGCAUUGGCCGAUGGGGUCAAAGGAGUCUCCUUUGUUGAGCCACCCAAGAGUCGUUUAUUUAGUGCUUCACCUCUCAAACCUCUCACGCAAUUGGAUGAUCCCCAUACCUGGAAGCGUGACCAAUCAACUUCUCCUCCUUCUCCGACUCAGAUGCCAGCCAAGUGCAGGAAGGCCCAUUUGGAAGCUACUCGCAAUAUAUGA